UAUUAAUUAACCUGUUUGAUUACAAGGAAACUUCCCGAUCGGUAGGUCGGAAUAGUGCGUUUAAUACAAGAAACAAGAGUAAUAAUGCUAUUCUAGAGCUUGAGUAUCAAAAUCCUAACCCUUACAAUGAUAUUAAACCUUCUAUUUAUACUAAUGGAGAGCAUGGGCGCCUCUAUGCUGAUUGGCCGUUGUUCCACCGACUUGAUCACCCAUGUUUCCACUUGUUGAUGUCACAAUCUGGCAUUAAAUGCACCUGGCCACUUGCUGGUUGUCCGUUGCUCGAACGGGAUGCUGGAUCAUGCAGAUGACGCUGUCAAAUUGGCCCAAGUAUGAUGUAUGGUCCGAACUCCGUUCGGUAUUUCUGCUUUCUGGGCCGGCCUCUACUCGGACCGAACCUCGUUCGGUAUGGAUUCUUCACUGGGCCUACUCAUCAUAGGGUACUGGACUCUUUGUUUGGGCUGGAUAUCCUGGGCCUUUUUAAUCUGGGUAUUGGGCCUCCGGGUCAAUAUCCCAACACAAGUCCCUCACUUCCGAUGUCUCGAAUGACAGUGAAUGCAUUAGGAAGUAUAAACACCAAUGUUGCAACUGCCGAAUGGCGAUCGGGGUACAGAAGUGGUCAGUUCCCCAUAUUGUGAUUUGAUGGAUGUCGUUUUAUUUUCCCCAUAUUCAUCAUGAUUACUGUUGUUAGUCGUUUCAUUAGACACACGUUUAGCUUAAAUGGUUCUAGUGACGUGUCGCUCCCUGAUUGGUCCUCGAUACGGCGGUUUUAAGGCUAUAAAUUAGCCUUUAACUUCUCAAUUCCGGGUUUCGAAUUUUCAAUUUCCUUCGCAUCGUUGCUCUGUUUCCGAAAUUUCUUCAAGCUUUCGCGUUCAGGUACUUUCUCUCCCUCUACUUUCUUACUUCAUUUCUGGCUCGGUCGAGAUGAGUUCUCAACCGCAUUCCCCUGAUUCGGAAAUGGCCUCUCAAGGGGAUGACCGUGAUGCUGCCAUUGUGGACGUCAUUACAGUUCCAUCCGCCGGCGGUUCUACUGAAACGGCGACAAAUACUAGGGCGGAGGACCUUUCUAGCAAUUCAUCUUCCUCCGGUGAAAGCUCUGAUGGCACGAAAUCCGAGGAUGAAAUGGAUUUAAUGGCGGCCAGGCGCCCAAACGAUGUCCCUCGUCACACACUCGACCUAAGUUUAAUUAGGGCAAGACGGCAAAAAUUGACUGCCACUAAUAGGGCUGAGAUUCCGGCCCUAAUCCCAGACCCAGUGGACUUCCGGUUGCGAGCUGGGCUUCAUCCCCUGCGUCACGCCCCCGGGAUGGUCGUAGUCCAUUUCGAUUCAGUUAGGGCUGGGCUUAGAUUUCCGUUACACUCAUUUUUUGUUUCAUUUUUCAAUUUUUACGAAAUUGUAUCUGCCCAAGUCAUGCCGAACUCCUAUCGGGCCAUGGCGGGCUUUAUUUGUCGUUGCAAAGAUGUCGGUGCCUCACCGACCCUAGAUUUAUUCCAUCAAUUUUUUAAAGUAGCCCCCCAACAAACUCAUGGGUAUCUAGCCGCCAGUUCUCGAACGGGGCAUAUUCUUUUCAAGGGUAAUCCAACCUCAAUCAAGGGAUGGAAAGAUAGGUUCUUCUUCGUGUCUGUCCCGGACGGGCUGAUCCCUUGCAAAUGGAACGCCUUCCCUCGCAAGACUCCCGACCCGGUUCUUUCUGAGGAAAUCUACAAGGAUGUACUUGCUGUGGAGAAAGACAAGUGUUGCGAUAUCAUGACCUACCUGACUCCCAAUCGGCUUGUUAAAGCCGAGAUAGGUACUGCCCGUUCUCUUUGGUUUACUUGCUUUGAGAAAUCAAGUGCCAUGGUCCGAGCGGUCCUUCCCGUGCGAGAAACGUUUUCUUUUUCUUUUUGUUUCCCACGUGAUAAGGUCCGCUCGGUACUAAUAUUUUCCUUUGUUAUUUUUUAGCUCUCAACCCAGACGUACCUUUGGACAACAGUAGAGUUCUUGCAGCUGGUGGGGUCGGCAAACGGAAGAAAGCCAGGAAGAACCCCCAACCUACUCCUUCCACAAUUACCGUUCAGGAUGCUGGAACUUCUCAACCCGUUCCAGAACCAUAACCACUGCAACAGGUUCAUCAGGACCAAUUUGAUGCCAUGCUGGUCGACGAUCGGUUUGGUUCUGAUCAGAUGCAUCGAUUUCCUGAGCACUUCUAGGCUGCUCAGGAGACUGGUCAGGGUGCGGGUGAUAUGCCCACCGUCCAUCUGUCUUGCCAGGUCGACCGGAUCUCACUGGCGGAUCCGGUUCAUGAAGUUGUAGAAAAAGGUGGAUGUUCGGCAAGCCAGAUUUGGUCUACCUCCGUUUUCUUCAACAAUUUCACUGUUCCCACGCUGUCGGUCGAGCAAUCUGAGGAAUGCUUGGCCUUAGCAGCCCUGAAGGUAUUUUACUUUUUUCCCUAUAUUUUUCUCAUAGUUUAAAUUUCCUUUCACACCAUCUCAUUUCUCGAACGACAUUCUGCAGGUUGGGCUUUACAGUUGCAACUGAAAGAGGCUCGACUGGCUAAAGAGCGGGAUCUGAUCGUCUCUCAGACUUCUGCGGAGCAGAAUGCACCUGCUGCUUUUGCUGCUCUGGAGACCGAACGGAAGGCCUCUGCGGAGGAGAAAAAAUGCCUUGAGUCGGAGCUUGGUGAACUCAGGGUUCAGCUCGGGGCCUUCCAAGCCAAAGUUCAUGCUGCUGAAGCUGCUUUGGUGAAGUUCGAAGAGUGCGCUCCCCGUAUCCCGAACGGCCCAGCUGAGGUGAAGGUUGAUCUGUCCGCCGUCCGGGAAGCAUUCAAAGGAUCUGAGGAGUUUGCUGUCUUGAAAAAGGAUUACGCGCAGUAGGAACUCCUAGUCACCUUUGGUGAUUAUCUCGAACGAUUCUCCACGGGUGAUGCCCGCCGCAGUGAGGGGGUCAAACUGCUCGAUCAGGAUCCAAGUGGCAAAAAAUUCAAUGACUCCCUGGCCCGAUCUCUUUAUGUCAUGGGCUGCCAGCAUAUUAUGGCCCCUUUUGUUGCUAAGCUGUAAGAAUUAAUAGGGAGGCCGGUCGAGCUGGCUGAUCUUCCCCAGGCGCCCAUUGUCGAAGCUCAAUAUGAAAAAUAUCAACGGGACUUGCAACGGGCUGCUGAUCGUGAAGCGGGGUGAGAGCCUGAUCCCCCUACUGAUUCGGAUGAGGAGGAAGUGUUAGUAUAUAUGUCAUAGCGACAAUCAUUUCUUUAAAGACAUAUGUACUUGAUCACAUUUAGUUUUUAUAUUUGAUAUAUACACGGUAUUACACUUUAUGAAUGAUUGUUUUCGAUUGUCAAUGUUUUAUUCAUAAUUGUGUUCCCUUGGAUUUAUGUUGUCAAUAAGUAAGUGGGAGCUUAUAUGAUAUAACAUAAGGUCCUAAAAUAGCCC